GCGGGUCGUCGGUCGGGGUGCGGGUGUUCGCCGUGGGCCGCUAUCAGGUCACUCUGGAGGAGGCGCUCGCAGAAGGCGGAUUUUCCACUGUGUUCCUGGUGCGGACAAAUGGUGGAAUUCGAUGCGCAUUGAAGCGAAUGUAUGUAAAUAACGUGCCAGACCUCAACAUCUGCAAAAGAGAAAUAACCAUUAUGAAAGAGUUAUCCGGACACAAGAAUAUCGUGGGUUACUUGGACUGCGCAGUUAAUUCCGUUAGUGAUAACGUAUGGGAAGUACUUAUCUUAAUGGAGUAUUGUCGAGCGGGGCAGGUGGUGAAUCAGAUGAACAAGCGGCUACAGACAGGUUUUACCGAGCCAGAGGUGCUGAGGAUAUUCUGUGACACCUGUGAAGCUGUUGCCAGGUUACAUCAGUGUAAAACUCCUAUAGUUCAUCGGGAUCUGAAGGUAGAGAAUAUUUUGUUAAAUGAUGGUGGAAACUAUGUUCUCUGCGACUUUGGAAGUGCCACAAAUAAAUUCCUUAAUCCUCAGAAAGAUGGGGUUAAUGUUGUAGAAGAAGAAAUUAAAAAGUAUACGACUCUGUCAUACAGAGCACCUGAAAUGAUCAACCUUUAUGGAGGAAAAUCCAUCACCACCAAGGCUGACAUCUGGGCACUGGGCUGCUUAUUGUAUAAACUUUGCUUCUUCACUCUUCCUUUUGGAGAGAGUCAGGUUGCUAUUUGUGAUGGAAGCUUUACCGUCCCAGACAAUUCCCGUUACUCUCAUCAUGUACACUGCCUAAUAAGAUACAUGCUUGAACCUGAUCAAGAACAGAGACCUGAUAUCUUCCAAGUGUCCUACUUUGCUUUUAAACUUGCCAAAAAGGAUUGUCCAGUCUCCAACAUCAGUAAUUCUUCUGUCCCUUCAGCUCUUCCUGAACCCAUGACCGUAAGUGAGGCAGCUGCUAAGAAAAGCCAAAUAAAAGCCAGAAUCACAGAUACCAUAGGACCAACAGAAACCUCAAUCGCACCAAGACAGAGACCAAAGGCCAAUUCCAGUUCUGCCGCUCCUGGUGUGCUGACAAUCCAGAGCUCGGCAACCCCUGUCAAAGUACCUGUUCCCGGAGGACUGAGACCUGGAAAUGGUCAGGAGAUCUUGCUGACCCAGGGAUCCAAUCAGCAUCCUCCACAACAACAUAGAGUUCUCCAGCAGCUGCAGCAGGGAGACUGGAGACUGCAGCAACUUCAUCACUUACAACCUCCUCAUCAUCACCACCACCAGCAGCAACAGCAGCAGCAGCAGCAACAACUUCAGGAUGCUUACAGGCAGCAGCAGUACCAACAAGUAAUGCAGCAGCAGAUGCUUCAGCAGCAGUUUUUAAUGCAGUCUGUGUAUCAGCAGCCACCUCCUGCGUCCCAGUACCCCGCCAUGAUGCAGCAAUACCAGCAAACGUUCUUACAGCAGGGGGUCCUUGCAAAACAACAGCAGCCUCCACAGCAGCAGUCACCCGAGUAUCUCACCUCCCCGCAAGAGUUCUCACCAGCCGUGACCCCCUUCACCUCAUCUCUUCCAGCCCAAGGAGCCGCGGCGGACUCCUCGUACAGCGCCAACAGGCCAGCCGUUCCCGAGGCCGAGGCAGUUGCAAAUUUCCCAAAUCAAAACAUCAGUAACCCGCCUGACAUGUCAGGCUGGAAUCCAUUUGGAGAGGAUAAUUUCUCCAAGCUAACAGAAGAGGAGCUGCUGGACCGAGAAUUUGACCUUCUGAGAUCAAAGAGGUUCGAGGAGCGAUCAUCCUCAGAUAAGAAUAUAGAUCUUCUUUCUACUCCACAGAACCACCCUCCAGAAGAUCCCUUUGGUUCUGUUCCUUUCAUUUCUCACUCAGGUUCUCCCGAAAAGAAAGCCGAACAGUCACCCAGCAGCCAAGACAGUAGCGUAGGGACCCCCCCGGAGGGCAGCCCAGCCGAUCGGGAGCCCCGCGAUCCCCGGGCCGGAAAGAGAACGGCGGAAAUCCGCCCGGCCCCCGGGCGGACGCAGAAGGGCGGCGACGAGUCGGAGAGCGACUUCGAGUCGGACCCCCCCUCCCCCAAGAGCAGCGAAGACGAGGAGCAGGACGAAGGAGCGCUCCGGGGGGAAGCGGGAGACUUCAACGACGAGGACACCGAGCCGGAGAACUUGGGGCACAGACCCCUCCUCAUGGACUCGGAAGAGGAGGAGGAGGAGGAGGAGGAGGAGGAGGAGGAAGAGGAGGACAAACACAGCUCCGAUUCGGACUCCGACCGCCUCAAGGGCACGUACGCGGAGCUGGGCCCCGACCGCGGCGGAUACGGGGCGAGAUCCGGCGGCGGGGGGGACGGGGGCCCCGGCGUCGCCCCCUCCGCCCGCCCCCACCCCCCGCCCGCCCCGGGGCCGGAGGUGGACGUGUUCGGGGCCGUCCCGUUCUCGGCGCUGCGGGUCCGGCAGCCGCGGCAGAGGGAGAAGGGCGAGCGGGAUUUCCCCCUCGAGGCCGCCUUCCCGAGGGUCAGCCCCGAGCCGGAUGAAUUCGACGUGUUCACGAAGGCUCCUUUCAGCAGGAAGGCGGCGCCCCGGGACUGCCGGGCGGCGGGGCCCGAGGCCCAGAGCCCGCCCGCCCGCCCGCGCGGCGUGGACGUGUUCGGGUGCACCCCCUUCUGGCCCCUGCCCGCCUCCGCCGGGCAGAACGAGAGCAGAGAGGACCUCUUCGGGCUGGUGCCGUUCGAGGAGAUCGCCGGCGGCCCGCAGCCGAGGGCCAAGCAGCGCAGCCUGCAGAAGCUGACCUCCCGCCAGAGGCGCCACAAACAGGAGGCGGCCAAGAGCAACGGGAAGCGGCACCACGGCACCCCGACGAGCGCCAGGAAGACCCCCAAACCCUCCUACCGCACGCCGGAGAGGGCCCGGAGGCACAAGAAGGUCGGCCGGCGAGACUCCCAAAGCAGCAACGAGUUCCUGACCAUAUCGGACUCCAAGGAGAACAUCGGCGUGGCCCUGAGCGACGGCAAGGACCGAGGCCGGCCCCUGGCGGCCGAGGAGAGCCCCCUGGACCCCUUCGGCGCCAAGCCCUUCCACCCGCCGGACCUGGCGCGCCACCCCUCCUACCCGGGCCUGGCCGACCACCGGCCCGAGCCCGGGGCCGCGGGCCCCCCCGGGAGGCCGAGGCCCAGCUCCCUGCACGGGCCGUUCCUCGGGGCCGACGGGUCGAAGACGGACGACUUCGGGGCGGUGCCCUUCACGGAGUUGGUGGUUCGGGGCGUCCCGCCCCCUCAGCCCCAGCCCCCGGCCCCGGCGGGAGAGGUCGAUCCCUUCGGGGCCGCCCCGUUCCCUUCCAAACAGUAGACGCUUCCGGCGGGCUCCUUUCUCGCGGCGACUGCGGCUUCGAAGGGGAGGGAUUGUCCAUUCUCGCCGGCGGGCCGGAAAGUGGCUCGGACCCCUCCGGGCCCCGGCGACUCGGGAAGGACUGGGGGGGG